GGACCAAGGAGAGAAGGAGGAAAAAAAACAACAACAACAACCCGUCUCUCUCUCUCUUAACAGACGCGUUUUUCUUGGAUGGACAAAGAGGAUGAGAGCGCAAUAGGAAUCCAAGAGAGACAGCAGGAAUCCGUGGAGCUUUAGGUGCGCGUCAGUUUGUGUGUCUCGUCAAAGGGGGAAGCUGCGUGGAGAGAGAGAGAGAGAGAGAGAGAGAGAAGCGGUAAGAGAGAGACUUCAAAACACCUGCGUCAGGACAGGUAACGUUGGAGGACGUGUCAAGAUGACUUUCAGCUCACAAGAGACCUAGAAGCAGCUGGUGUUUGGUGAAAUAGCUGCUCAAAAGAUUUCUUAUUUGAUGCCAAACUUCCAGACUUCCACCAAUCAGAUCACUCCUUGUGCUUUUGCUCAUAGAAUCUUUUUUUUUUUUUUUUUUUAAACUGAGUCAGAUUAUCUGUUUUUGUACUUUUUAAGCUUCUUUUCUGAUCAAGACAGUAAGAAAGAACUACCUGCAUUUCCCAACACCUUCUUGUAAUUACUAUCAGCGCCAGUAAUCCAUGAUUUGGAAUGGACCCACAUUUGACCCUCAUUCACUUGCUGUCACACACCUGGAGCUGGGUUGUUGCUGUAGGCGCUGUGAGCCGCUGACUCCCGGGAGCCCCAACCCUCCCCAAUGAAGCAGUCCUGGUGGGCCCGCCUGGCACAGCUCGGCCUGCUUGCCGUGUGGACGUGCAUAUGGCUGGUCCAGGGAUGUGGGCCGGGCCCCGGGUACGGCAUCCGUCCCAGGCCCAGGAAGCUCACAGCCAUGCACUACAAGCAGUUCUUCCCCAACUUCUCAGAAAACAACCUCGGGGCCAGCGGGAGAGCAGAAGGCAAGAUCACACGCAACUCUGAGCGCUUCAACGAGCUGGUGUGCAACUACAACCCAGACAUUGUGUUCAAAGAUGAGGAGAACACCAACGCUGACCGCUUCAUGACCAAGAGAUGUAAGGACUGUUUGAAUCGGUUGGCGAUCGCAGUGAUGAACCAGUGGCCGGGGGUGCACUUACGUGUGACCGAGGCCUGGGAUGAGGACGGUCACCACCCUCCUGGCUCUCUGCACUACGAGGGCCGCGCAGUGGAUAUAACCACCGAUGACAGAGAAACUGAGAAGUACGGUCUCCUGGCCCAGCUGGCUGUGGAGGCAGGCUUCGACUGGGUCCACUACGAGUCCAAAUAUCACAUCCACUGCUCAGUAAAAGCUGAUCAUUCUGUUGCUGUGGAAAAAGGUGGCUGUUUCCCAGGCUGGGCCCGGGUGACUGUUGCUGGAGGGAGGCAGAAGAGUCUGUCGUCACUGGCUCCUGGGGACAGAGUCAUGGCCCUGUCUGGGACAGGCCAAGUCGUGUAUAGUCAAGUUCUCUUGUUUCUGCACCGGGACCAAGAAAGAUGGUCUUCUUUUCUGUCUCUGGAGACAGAAGACGGCCAUAGAUUGGCCCUCACUCCGCAUCACUUGGUGUUUUUAUCUCCCGACUGCAGACGUGACAGCAGAGAGUACCAGGCUCAGUUUGCCAGCAGAGCCAAGGCAGGAGACUGUGUUCUCAUCCAUACAGCAGGGGGUCAAACGCGUCCAUCUCCAAUCAUCUCCAUUUCAGUAGCAGAGAGUGUGGGAGUUUAUGCGCCCUUGACAGAAGCUGGAACUUUGUUCGUUGAUGGCGUGCUGGCGUCCAGCUAUGCACUGUUGGAGGACCACAGACUUGCACACUGGGCAUUUGGACCUGUGCGACUCCUCUCCUCGCUCAGCCAGCUCCUUUGGGAGGAGACAGCAAAAGGACACCAGACCACUGACAGUGAAAAAGCUUGCACUAAGACUCCAAUGUGUUGUAGUAGUUUGUCCACACAGGACAAAGCAAUUGUAUAUGUAAAUAAUGGCAUUCUGAGCAAACAAAACAAUCUGAGUGACCCUAUGAGGAUGGAAAUGAAAGAGAAGCACUCCUUGCAAAGACCGAUGUCACACGUGCACUGGUAUGCUCGAUUACUGUACAGCUUUGGAUGCAUCUUUUUAGACUCCAACUCAUUUCAUCCCUAAAAGCCUAAAAAUAUAGAUACAGUACAUGUCCUACUCCAGCUUUCAUCCAUUUACACUAACAGCUCAUGUUCUUUUCUCACAUUAAAAACACUGGAAUGGCUUGCUUGCUUUUCUCACUAUUGUUUCUAUAAUAAUCAUCAUGACAUACAGUCUAACACUGUGGUGAUACUUACUCAUAAUGAGACCUUUUUCUGACCAGGUAAAUGUAUAAAUGGUGAUACCAAAACCACUGUAUCAUAGUCUGUCUGUACAUCUGUUAUUUCUUUAUUUCAGUUAUAUAUGUGGAAAUAUAUAUUAUUCUAAUGGGAUAGGAAUGGAUUCCCUGAACAAUAGAAUCUUUAUUUUUGUACUUUCUGAAUCAUAAUAUAUAAAUGUUUCAUUUUAUUAUAAUAAUUCUAUUACUGGUAUUGUACGCCCUACUUGUUGUUAUGACAUAAAACAAAUUAAAAUGUAAUUUUGUGAAGCAUCA